UUGCGGAUCGCCUGGGCUGUGACCCUCGGACGCGUUUCCAAGUUCCACCGAACACCAAGCAAUGGAUUGCUUUGCUCCAGCGAGGAAACUGUACAUUUAGAGAGAAAAUACUGCGAGCAGCAUCACAUAAUGCCACAGCUGUGGUCAUUUACAACAAUAUAUCCAGUGAAGAACCAGUCACUAUGACUCAUCAAGGAACUGGAGACAUUGUUGCUGUCAUGAUUACAGAAUCAAAGGUUAAGGAGAUCCUCAAUUAUUUGGAAAAGAAUAUUUCUGUCUUGAUGGCAAUAGCAGUGGGAUCCCGUGUUCCUCCAAAAAACUUCAGUCGGGGCUCUCUAGUCUUUGUGUCAAUAUCAUUCAUUGUUUUGAUGAUAAUUUCUUCAGCGUGGUUAAUAUUUUACUUCAUCCAGAAGAUCAGGUACACAAGUGCACGUGACAGGAAUCAGCGUCGUCUUGGAGAUGCUGCCAAGAAAGCCAUUGGUAAACUGACAACCAGGACAGUAAAGAAAGGUGAUAAGGAAACAGACCCAGACUUUGAUCAUUGCGCUGUCUGCAUUGAGAGUUACAAGCAGAACGACGUUGUCCGCAUUUUACCAUGCAAGCAUGUUUUCCACAAAGCUUGUGUGGAUCCGUGGCUUAGUGAGCACUGUACGUGUCCCAUGUGUAAGCUGAACAUCUUGAAGGCCCUGGGAAUUGUGCCAAACGUGCCAUGUACAGACAACGUAGCCUUCGACAUGGAAAGGCUCACGAGGGGCCAGCCCCCAGCCCGGCGAGCGGCUCUUGGUGACUUUGCCAACGACAGCUCCCUCAGCCUGGAGCCCCUGCGCACCUCCGGGAUGUCACAGCUUCCCCAGGACGGGGAGCUCACCCCAAGGUCAGGAGAGAUCAACAUUGCCGUGACAAAAGAAUGGUUUAUUAUUGCCAGUUUUGGCCUCCUCAGUGCCCUCACACUCUGCUACAUGAUCAUCAAAGCCACAGCUAGCUUGAAUGCUAAUGAAGCAGAAUGGUAUUGAAGAACCUUCGCUUUCCGGCCGAUUGCCUUGGAGAGAGACACCUAUUUUUAUGCAUCAUUUAUCGAUCAUGCAGCACAGGCGUUAUUUAGUACAUUCUAUUUUUUCAUAAAUUUUGCUGAUGCCAAAGCUUUGUACUAAGGAAAAAGUGAAGAAAUAAAAACUUCAAUUAUGAAA